AUGGAGGAAAAAGAGUCUGGUGCAAAUGCAAAGGCAUUUUUAGAAUCAAAAGAUAAGAGAGAAAAAAUAGACGACGACGACGAUGAGGACGAUAAAAAGAAAGGAAGCACUGGAAAGAUUAAUGGAAACUCUAGUAACAACAACUAUACCAAUAGAAACGAUGAUGAUAGUGAAAAUGUAAUAAAAAAGAAUGAAAGAAAAAAAAACAAAAAUUCGUUAAACAAUAACGACGAGAAACGUAAUAAUGAUAAAAAUAACAAAAAUAAGGGAGAACAUACAGAAAAUUCGCAAGAAAAAAAAAAAGGAAAGAAAAAGAAAGAAGCUGAACAAGAAGAAGAAGAAGAAGAAGAAGAGGAAGAAGAUGAUGAAGACGAUGAAGAAGAAGAUGAUGAAGACGACCGAGCUUAUGGUUAUUCUGAAGAAGAAAAAGAACGUCGAAAGGAUGAAUUAUUAAAUUUAAACAGUAACAAUACUGUAAAGUUUUACACGUCAGAGAAUGACAAAAGUAGGGUUAAAAAUCAUAGUGAUAAUUAUUUAGAAAGAGGAAGAUAUAAAUAUAAUUACAUGAAAAGAGGAAAAAAAUUUAAAACGAGCAGUACAUAUGAAGAAAUGUCAUCAGAUCAUCAUGAAUAUAUGUCUUUAAAAGUAAGUUAUAAAAUUAACAAAAAAAGUCAUUAUGAUAAAUCAAAAAAAAGAUCGACUCUGUCUAUGACAAUGAAUGAUAAACAUGAACGAACACUAAAUAAAAGCAGUAUAUGUACAGAUAAUGCGAAGUUUUUAAAUUUUUUAAAUGAUAAUGAAAAAGGUCCGUAUUAUUAUAAAAAUAUUAAAAGAUAUAAUUUUAGAAGAAGAAAACAGAAAAAAGCUAAAAUAAAAAAAGAAAAGCAUGAUAUGAAAGGAACAUUAGAUGAAUAUGUAGUAGAUAUUAAAGAGAAAAAUAAAGAUGAAGACAUGUUUAGUAGUGAAAAUAUAACAAACGCUAAAAAUUCUAUAAAACAUUUUCUUACGGACAGUAAAGAAUUACAUGUAAGUGAUUUACAAGAUGCAGAAAAAAGGGGGAAAAUGAAAGAUGAAAAGCGUCUAAAAGAUUAUUUAAGUACAAGUAAAUUGGAAGGAAAAUUUGUAAAACAUUUAAGUAAAAUUAAAAGCACCUUAUGUUGUAAUCGAAGAUAUUUUAUAUUUCGCAAAAAAACAAUAAGAAAAAGGAAAGAAAAAAUAAUUAUAUUUUUAAAUAAUGAUUGUACUGUUUCUAAAAAUGGUCAAUUUAACGAUCAUUUUUAUAGAACUAUUCAUAAAAAUGAUUUGGAUAAUUUAGAAGAAGAAAAAAUAUAUCUUUAUAAUAAUAAAGAAAAUACAUUAAAAAAAAUGAUUUAUAGAAUAUUUCCGCAAUUUUCCAUAUUCAGUUUAAUUCUAUAUGUUACAUUUAUUCAAUGGAUAGUAUUUAUUCUACUUAUAUCUGUGAAGUCUGAUAUCUCUUUAACUCCUUCAAAUGAUUCGUUAAAGAAUUUUGGUAGUAAUUUUCCACAUAAUAUUUUUAAGAAGGCGGAGUUUUAUCGCCUUUAUACAGCCUUGUUUUUGCAUUCAAAUUUUAAUCAUAUUUGUGCAAAUACGUAUGUUCAAUUAACAGUUGGUUUCUUACUAGAAUAUCUCUAUGGAACAUAUGUUGUUUUUUUAGUAUAUGUAUUUGCAGGUAUAUAUGGAAUAAUACUGUCCUCUCCAUUAACGUAUUGCUAUUCAACAACUGAAAGCAGUAGCAGCUCUGCCGGAAUUAUUGGAAUAUUUUUUUCCGAAAUUUUAAUGAUGACUAAUUUUAAUGUAGAUAAAAUUAGUAUUAGUGUACAUCUAUUUUGUUUUUUUUUUCUUCUUUUAUUUCUCAAAUUCUCUUUAAACACAAUCAGUAUUAAUAUUUAUAGCCAUUUUUUUGGUUUCCUGGGAGGAUUUUUAAUUGGCGUAAUUUUAAAACGUAAUCAAUUGAAAUACUUUUUGAAGAAUAAUUUAUUAAUUCAAAUUUUAUCCUUAGUGUUUCUUAUAACAAGUUUAGGUGCUGCUAUAUAUAUAUCAACAUACGUUGUCCAAAAAUGUCCAAAUUAA